AUUGUUUGCACGUGUCGUACUAUUUUCUUUGUGUACGUUACAAAAUUGCAUUUCACUUGCACCUGUGUAAAAUGGAAGCCUAGGAAAACAAUGUGCUUAGGCCAGCCCACUGUCAGGAUAAUGUCAGGUGAUCAGCACGUGUCACGAUUCUGAAAAACCUGAUCACCGUAGGUGAUAAUAUUUAUACGGACGAUUUACGGUUUGCAAUUCAAAAAGAAUGCGAUACAAACAAGCCUCCGUGAUCGACCAAUCAGCAUGCGAGAUGCCGAUCACCGAUUUUGACGCGCUCAUAUUUAAGCGAGAUACAACUGCGAUUAGAACUAUUACAAAGAAAUCACGGAGAGAAAUAAUAUCACUCGUUCCGCGCUUACCGAUCAUUCAAAAUGACUACAUACACAGAUAAAGGUCCAAAGCCCGUAGGAGGAAAGUUCUUGUGUUUCGAUCAUAUAACAUUUUGGGUUGGAAAUGCGAAACAGGCUGCUAGCUAUUAUUGCUCUAGGAUGGGUUUUGAACCUUUGUGUUAUCGUGGUUUGGAAACUGGCUCAAGGCAUGUAGCAUCCCAUGUUGUUAAACAAGAUAAGAUUAUUUUUGUAUUCGAAUCACCGUAUAAAUCUGAUAAUGAAGAUAUAGGGAGGCAUGUUUUAAAACAUGGUGAUGGUGUUCAUGAUAUUGCCUUCACUGUUGAAGACAUUCAUACCAUUGUAAAGGUUGCCAAGGAAAAGGGUGCCAAAAUAAUUAAAGAUAUAUGGGAAGAAACGGAUGAAUACGGCACUGUAAAGUUUGCCACCAUAAAAACUUAUGGAGAUACACAUCAUACCCUUGUAGAUAGAUCAAAGUAUAAAGGAUACUUUUUACCAGGAUUCCAAAGACUACCAGAAGAUAAAUUUGCCAAAAAUUUAUCAAAAGUUGGAUUAAACUUUGUGGAUCACAUUGUCGGCAAUCAACCUGACAAGCAAAUGGAACCUGUCGCGAAAUGGUAUGAAGAAUGUCUACAGUUUCAUAGAUUCUGGUCAGUGGACGAUAGUCAAUUACAUACAGAAUACUCUGCUUUACGUUCUAUUGUUAUGACUAAUUGGGAGGAAACCGUGAAAAUACCUAUUAACGAACCAGCUGUUGGAAAGAAACGUUCUCAAAUACAGGAGUACGUUGAAUAUUAUGGCGGGGCAGGAGUGCAACACAUUGCUCUGAACACAGAUAACAUAAUCAAUGCUAUACAAAAUUUGCAUGCCAGAGGUGUAGAAUUUCUGAAUGUACCAGAUGCUUACUAUGAUAUGUUAAGAAGUCGUCUGAAAGCUAGUGGAGUGAAAAUUUUAGAAGAUCUUAAUACGCUUCAGAGAUUAAAAAUUUUGAUUGAUUACGACGAGAAAGGAUACCUUCUACAAAUAUUUACUAAAAAUAUGCAAGACAGGCCGACCCUUUUUAUAGAAGUCAUUCAAAGGCGUAAUCAUAAUGGAUUUGGAGCUGGAAACUUCCAAGCCUUAUUUGAAGCUAUAGAAAUGGAACAAGCUAAACGUGGGAAUUUGUGAAAUUACAUAGACCAUAUGCUAAUUAAUAUUAAAUAUUAAUAUGUACAGACAUUUUGCACAUAAGAAAUUUAUAUAAUAAAGUUU